GUCAAGGAGGUGGCGACCGUGCUGCCCCCCAAGGAAGUCCUCGAGCAGCGGGAUGACUGCAAAAUGGACGUAGAUAAUAAACGAAACAAAAAAACUCUUCUAGACCAGCAUGGACAGUACCCAAUAUGGAUGAAUUCCAGGCAGAAAAAGAAGCUUAAGGCACAGCGUGUUAAAGGGAAAAAAAAACCAAAAUUGGCCAAAGGCCUAGUCUGGUAA